AUCCACAGCAAGACAGGCAGAAAAAGAAGAGAGAGAUAGAGAGUGAGAUGGUGGGAAUUUAAAAAAAUGGAGAGAGAGAUGGUGGGAGUUUAAAAAAUGGAUUUUGGAGUGCGCUCUCUCUCUCUCUCUCUCUCUCGCUCGCUCUCGUUCGCUGCUGCUCUGCCACAAUUCGCUGCUUUCGUGUGGCGCUCUUCUUUCCCUGCUCUCUGUAGCAGUCUAAAGCUGCCAUUAACUCAGAAAGAUUAUAUAUAAGAAGGAGAGAGAGAGAAGUAUAGAGAAGGAUUCGAUGAACCAAAGAAUAAAGAGGAGAGAAGGGGGAUUUCCAUUUCCUCUUUGGAGCGGAAAGCGAAAAGGGGGUGGAGAGGGCAUCAUGGCGUCUUCCGUUGAAAGGUCGGUGUCUUUAAGGGAGGAGAGGGGCAAAAGGACGGAUGAAAGGGGUAGAGAAAGAGCGUUCCGAGCUCGAUCACUCAUGUAAUGCUAUUCUUCGCGUGCUUCGGAGGGCCAAAAUUCUCGCCUUUCCUCGCCCGGGUCCGCGUCCAGGCCCACUUCAGAUUUCUGCAGCUUUUGCUCCACGGUCAAGGCUCAUUCGCUAGAAAUUGGAUCGGUCGUGGCGUGUUUUGAACAGUUUUUCCCUCUUUGACAGGGUCAGCAGGGUGGUCUCUGCUUCGGUCCCUCCCUAUUCUGUUGAACGGGGAGGAAGGGAGAGGAAAGGAGGGAUUUUUCUUCCUCAUAUAGAUGGUUUUGACGUGGUUUGGGCGGUGAAUUAUUGAGAAAACAAGAGAAAUUCGCUACCUUUGGGACUCUGCGUGGUUUGAUCCUAUCGAAAUGCAUAAUUCCGAUGCUAAAAGGGCGAGCUUUUUGAGGAAGCAUGGGGUUUUGUGAGUAUAAGAUGCGAUCUUGAUGCUGUUGGUUGGUUAGUUUUUGUUAUGGUUACCGUUUUGGGGUAUUUGUCUUCAGAAGCUUGGCUUCUGGGCAUUGGAAUUUGUCCCUUCUGGUAACUAAAUUGGAAGGUUCUUUUGUGGCUAUCCAAUAUGCUGUGAAAGUGAGCUGGAUUCCAAGUUCAAAGUGAGUUUUGUGGCUGGAAAAUGAAGACCCAAGUAUCUAAAGAUCAUGACUUUUUGCUUUUGUAAGAGCUUGAUGUUAUGUUCAGCAAACUCUUGUGCUGUUCAUAUAAGUUCCUCGAUAGCUUGCUAGGCGAAGAUGACUUCCGUCCAAGAGCAGGUCAAAACCUCCGGUCUGAAUAAUGCAGCAUCUCUGCUUGAUGAAAUGAAGCUCCUGGGAGAAGUCCAGAGCAAGCAAGCUGCAAGGAAGGUGAUAAAUUCCGAGCUUUGGCAUGCCUGUGCCGGACCACUUGUAUCCUUGCCUCAACCUGGCAGUCUUGUAUACUAUUUCCCUCAGGGACACAGCGAACAGGUAACAGCUUCAACUAGAAAAGCAGCAAACUCACACAUUCCGAAUUACCCAAAUCUCCCAUCUCAGUUGAUGUGCCAAGUUCACAAUGUUACAUUACAUGCUGACAAGGACAGUGAUGAAAUUUAUGCACAAAUUACCCUUCAGCCAGUGAACACUGAAAGUGAUGUCUUUCCUAUUCCAGACCUCGGACAUACAAAAAGUAAACACCCAACCGAGUUCUUUUGCAAGAAUUUAACUGCAAGUGAUACAAGUACACAUGGUGGCUUCUCGGUGCCUCGAAGAGCUGCAGAAAAGCUGUUUCCUCAAUUGGAUUACUCAAUGCAACCUCCAAAUCAGGAGCUCAUCGUUCGAGACUUGCAUGAUAAUGUGUGGACAUUUCGACACAUUUAUCGUGGUCAGCCGAAACGACACCUUUUGACAACUGGAUGGAGUUUGUUCGUGGGUGCAAAGCGGCUAAAGGCUGGUGAUUCUGUGUUAUUUAUCAGGGAUGAGAAAUCACAACUACUCUUGGGUGUAAGACGUGCCAAUCGUCAGCAAACAGCAUUGCCAUCAUCUGUGCUGUCAGCUGAUAGUAUGCAUAUUGGUGUGCUUGCUGCUGCAGCUCAUGCUGCUGCAAGUCGCAGUCCAUUUACUGUUUACUAUAAUCCAAGGGCAUGUCCUUCAGAGUUUAUAAUUCCUAUAGGCAAGUACCACAAAGCUGCGUACACCCAAGUAUCAAUUGGGAUGAGAUUUGGAAUGAUGUUCGAAACAGAGGAGUCAAGCAAGCGCAGAUAUAUGGGCACGAUUGUAGGGAUUAAUGAUUGUGAUCCAUUAAGAUGGCCAAAUUCAAAGUGGCGUAAUCUACAGGUAGAAUGGGAUGAACAUGGUUACGGGGAAAGACCAGAUAGGGUUAGUCUUUGGGAAAUUGAAACUCCUGAAAGUCUUUUUGUUUUUCCUACCCCAAAACGACAAUGUCUUCCUGGAUUUGUUGUGCCUGGCAUGGAACUUGGAUUGGCAAACAUGUCAACAUUGUUGAAGGAUCCAGAAAAUGUAAAUGGUGACUUACGUCCCUUGGUCUCUGCUUUUGGAACAGAGCAGCUUAUUAAGUUGUUACAUAAACCUCAAAAUCCUGGCCUUGGGAAUCAGCUUGGAUGCCAUCAGUCAAUAUAUGCUAGCAUAUUACAAAACAUCAAAACUGAUGACAUUUCUAGGACCUUCUCUUCUGCUUUGCCAUUUUGUAUGGUAAGAAAUCCCGUACAUCAAGAGGAGUUGGUUAAUAAACCACCAAUGCAACAGAAGAGCCAGUUUGCUCCAGUACAACAGCAGACCCUCCCUUCAGAAAAUAAAUCAUUACAAAGUCAAGAAUCUCAGCAUUGCAGAUUGCACAAUGGUGUCAAUUUAGAUUCUGUGUCAUGGACACGUGUGAAGCCACAAGAACUGUGUAAAAAAGAACCUCACUUGGAGCAAAAUUGUCUAGAUCAAUGUGCAAGUGAUGAGGACAGAAUCAGCAUCUCAAGGAGUGAAAGUGCAUUAUUAAAUGAGACUGUUCAUCAAAAAAGAGAUACAGCUUCUGUCGCAUCAAGAAAUCAAGUGGUUACACAAUCUGAUAACAUAAUAAAAGCACCUUUGCAGCAGCUACCAAUGGAGCAUCUGAAUGCGCUUUCCAGAAAUGAAAAUGGUGAAAAUUCCACAUGCUCACUUAAUCAUGAGAACCUUGGAAGCCAAGUACAUAUAAACCAAGAGCUACAAAUUAAGGGACAUGGUGAUCCCCCAACUAUCCAGCAGCAGCUUGAACCAAUUAGUAUACAGCGACCAAGAUUAGAGACAACACAUUCACCAGAUAAGAGUGACAUGAACAACUUGCAGCUACAUCAAGGAUACCCAUCUCCAUUCUUGAAUAAUGAGGACUGGAUGCUGCAGUCUUCAUGCUAUCAACCUUUUAAUGACAUUAAAACACCAGAAUUUCUGGACACUGCUGGAAGGCCUGAUUCCCUAUUUUUAUCUGCAUCUGAGAAUGUUAUCAGUGCCUCAACUGACAUAUCAUCUAUAGUGAAUCCACCAACCUUUGAUCCUAUAGAGACAUUUCAGUUCUCUGGCACGUCAGAUUCUGGGACUCCAUGCCUCGCUACUUUCAUUCCAGAAUUCUUGAGCACCCCUGAGCUAAAUGCCUUACAUGAUGAACAGCUUGCCCAAGGUAUCCUGUCAUCUGAGGUGCAUAAUUUGCAAGUUUUUGAAGAGGCUACUGUCUUGCAGAGCAUAUCUAACUCAUGUGGAAGAAGAGACUUAUCCGAGGAGAGUUACAACCAAAGUGAGACUUUUAGCAAUGUCCAGUUUGAAGCUAGUACUGGAAACAUGAAUAUCAGUCCUUACUAUCCAAGUAAAGCUAUUGAUGGCUCCAACAUCAUGGGGAGUUCCAAGUUUCAUGUUCUUUCACAGAGUCUGGUUGGCAGCCUUACUUCUAAUCAGGAUCUGCAGUCUCAGAUUACCUCAACAAGCUUGGCAGAUUCUCAAUUAUACUCCCUACAAGAUAUUCCUGACAGCUCUGGAGGUGCAUCAUCUGGGAGUAUAGAUGCGAAUGAGUACAGCUUAAAUAGAGGUUCAAGAAAACAAAUUUCUCCACAACCUUUGCGAACAUACACCAAGGUUCAAAAGCUAGGAUCUGUUGGAAGAUCAAUUGAUGUGACACGCUUUAGAAAUUACCAUGAAUUAAAAUCAGCAAUUGCAUGCAUGUUUGGACUUGAUGGGCAACUUGAUGAUCCUAGAGGUUCAGAAUGGAAGCUUGUUUAUGUUGAUUAUGAAAAUGAUAUUCUUCUUGUAGGGGAUGAUCCAUGGGAGGAAUUUGUCAACUGUGUUAGAUGCAUUAGGAUUUUAUCACCUUCUGAAGUACAACAGAUGAGCCAAGAGGGCGUGCAGCUAAUGAAUAGCUGCCUCUGAUCAGGUCAAGAAGACAGCAGAUAUUUGCCAUGCUUAGCACUCCCAAACAUCAUGCAGCUGAGUAAGCUUUGCUAAGCUUCCAUGAUCUUCGAUUGAAAAACUGAGGAAAUGUAGCAAACUGGAAGAGUUGUGGAAAUCAGGUUAUAUUCUUUCAGCUUCUCUGAGAAGGCUUGUUUACAAGCUUCAAGAAAUGGGUGAGAUAAAAGCAAGCAUCAAUGUUCCAUUUGUUUGUGAAAAUUAUCUUGUGAUCUUGUUUGCGGAUGGUUGAAGUAUAAGUUGGACCUCGAUCAUAGUUGUAAUAGUAGCUGCAAAUUUAUUCUCUAAUGUUAUAGUGGGAAUGCUUGAAUAACAUCUCCA